CUCCGAAGGAGACUCAACGCAUUCCUUCUAAGCCUAAAACUUCACCCAAACCUCAUAUCCCACAGGCCAAAGAUGUUCCAGAGGAAACACAGCGUCUUCCCUCCAAACCUAGAACAUCACCAAGCUCUGAGGUGCCACAAACCAAACCUGCCUACUUGCUUGGGGGCAGAGUGGAAAACAAGGAAGUCUUUGAUGCUGUAACAAGCACUAUUCGACAACAGCUAAAACACUGGUGUGUUAUCAAUGCUCUUUUGGUCAUGAAUCUAAAACAGAGUACCGCAGGGGCUGCUAUGAAGAAGAUAAACCCCAUCCCAGCCAGAGCCAGCACAGCUCCUAAAGAUACACGUCAUGGGCCUUCCAAACCUAAAACAUCACCCAGUCCACGUAUUCCUCCAACUAGAGCAAGUCCAAAAGAAAGUCGACGAGUCUCUUUGAAGCCCAGACCAUCACCAAGUCCAGAUGUACCACACACAAAACCUGUUUUAGCACCUACUACAUUUACAAUUGAACAACCAAAGACAGCAACAGCUCCUAAAGAACCUCAACAUACUCCCUUUAAACCCAAAGGAGCUCCUAUCCCAGAUGCUCCACACAGCAAACCUGAAAUCCUUCCAACCUUCCAUGAACCAGAUACUACUAAAAUUCCUCAUAUUCCUGAAAGACCAAAGGCAACACUGGCUCCAACUGAAAAACAGUUCAUUCAUACCAAACUAAAAACAUCUGAAAAACCAAGAGCGCCACACACCAGACCUGCGAUACAUCAGACAACUCCACAACCAAUUAGUACAAAAUCUUCUACUACCACUGAGCAUUCAAGGGCAACAAUGGCUCCAAAAGAAACACUGCUCAUUCCUUCCAAACCCAAAACAUCUGUCGGGCCAGAAGUACCACAAACUAAAUCUGUUCCCAAUGAAACGUACCAGAUUUCACCCAAGCCGAAAACUGCUCUAGAAACCGAAAUUUCACGGUUCGAUACAGCUUUUAAUAAAACCACACUACCACCAGCUAGAACAAAAGCACCUGGACUGCCAAAGUGGAUUGUGCCAACAACAGAGGAUGUAUAUAGACCUGAGGAUAUUGCAAAACCAAUUGGCGUGGAUGUGAAAAAACCUUUGGAAUAUAGUGAUACCUGGGAAAAGCCAGUUUCUGUAACAACAUCACCUGGCCCUCAACAUCCUCCUAUACCUCCUGCCAAGCCUACACAAAUGCGAAGAAAACCUCUGCCUCCAAACACCGUGACUGGUAAACCAGGGAGUCCAGCUAAACCCGCUGGACCAACAACACCUGUGAGGACAGGAACGUCAUAUAAGAUGCCAACAGCUUUUGCAACUCCAGAGUAUUAUGUUGAUGCAACUGUCUUCAGCUCAAGUCCUACAUCAGAAACAGAUUCUUCAGGCAAACCAAGGUACCAAGCCCCCCAUGUCAAGUACAUGAAGAAAGACGAUGAUGUGCCUUGCUCUAUCACAAGCUCUCUUGAACAUUUUCCUCAAGAAGAAGCCGGCAGCAAGGAAGAACCUACUCGUCCUCCACAAAAUCCUCCAACCAACCUCACUGUGGUGACUGUUGAGGGCUGUCCAACUUUCGUCAUAUUGGACUGGGAAAAACCAGAUAAUGACACUGUUACUGAGUAUGAGGUUGUGUCAACUGAAAAUGGAGCAAGUGAUGGUGAAAAGGAGAAAUCGAUUAUCACUACAAAUCAAACCCAUUCUACUGUGGAAAACCUAAAGCCUGACACAAGUUACGAAUUCCACGUGAAACCAAGAAACCCUCUUGGUGAAGGUCCAAGUAGCAACGUUGUGGCAUUCAGCACUGAAUCAGUCUCUCCGGAUCGGCUUUUAACUGCGAAGCAAGUUACGGUAGUGCCGGAGGGUCAGCCGGAGCUCAGGGCUGUGUUGUCAGAGGUUGAGAGUGUCAUGGCACGGGGCCUCCACAGGCGAGUGAGCAAGUCUCCAACCCUGAAACCCUGUUCUGAUGCGUUUCGCUGUCACGCUCCGUCCCAUCGUGCCCCUGAGGCUGAUGGCAGAGCAUCUGCUGGCACCAGCCAGCGCGGCCACACGUGCCGGCCGUGA